AUGUCGUGCUUCACACAGCUCUGGCAUUCCAGCACCCCGGAAUCUCCCACCAGCCCCGUCCCUGCGUCUCCAAGUGAAAUCCCCAUCCCCAUCAGCCCCAUCGUGGUCACCUCCCCAGGAGAUGGCAAGAGGAAGGCCAGAUCCCCCACCGACAAGCCAGGCUCUCCCCACCCGACGUCUCCCAAGCCGGCGUCCCCGGUGGAGUGUUCCAUUUGCUUCAACACCUACGACAACACCUUCAAGACCCCCAAGCUGCUCCAGUGCUCCCACGUUUUCUGCCUGGAAUGCGUGGCCCGCCUGAGCACGGGGCUGCCCCCAAACCAGCCCGAGGACCAGCUGCCCUGCCCUUUCUGCAGGCAGCUGACCUGCAUCCCUCUGGAAGGUGCCCCGGCGCUGGAGACCAGCAAGGAGCACCUCGCCACGCUGCCCCCCGAGCUGCAGCAGGAGAAGGUGCUCUGGAUGGAAGGCACCAAGCUCUGCUGCCGCCAGGCCUCAGACGACCCCGAGAACCCAGACUCCUGUAUCUCCAUCGACGUUGCCAUGAGCAAGCCUGAAAGCUCAGAGGCCCCUCCAACAGGGCUGGCAGGGAGGCUGUCCCGCUGCGACAUGUGCGACGACUGGAAGCGCAUCGUCCUCCUCUCCGCCCUCAUCAUCAUCCUCUUCUGCAUCAUCCUGUGGCCGGUGCAGUGCGCCCUCAAGACGGGCAACCUGCGCUGCUUCACCAGGACUGUGGCUGUCAGCAGGCCCGAGUACCUGCCCCCGAAGCACAGCACCCCCGCAGCGCCCGGCACGCAGCCCCCCUUCCCGUAG